ACCUCAACAUCGCAAGAAGAGAAAUUCCACUGCUACUUCAAUGCUACACAAUCCUUUUUGACUUCGCAUUGCGGCAUCGUAUCACUCAGCGCUGACAUAAAACUCACACCACUCACAGUUCUUGACAAUGAUUGGCAUCUCUUCGUUAAAAUCGAGCACCAGCAACAACACUUUCAGCCGAUUUAUCUACUCACCAUCUAUGCACCUGCUACAUCACCCACACAACGACGGCAAUUCUUUACAACAUUAUACAACUCUGAAAUUUUUCAGGAGCAACAACCCUACAGAGAAAGAAUGAUCAUAACGGGAGACUUCAACUAUAGGUAUCACCUCAACACGCCGGCAGCCUGGUUUACCAUACUACAACACCACUUCACUAACUGCAUCAACCCCGACCCACAUAACAAACCACUACUGACCUUCCAUCGCAGUGACUUUACUAUGUCCACCAUCGACUAUAUAUAUGCCUCUUCAUCUGUAUCUCAUACGGUGAAGUCUAGGGAAGUGUCCUAUGUUGCCAAAUCAUGGUCCGAUCAUGCUUUAUUAUUUGCAACUUUUGAUAUGGGUUCAUCUACCACAGGAAAGGGCUACUGGCGAGGCAAUCCUUUGAUCCUCACUUUUAAAGACUUUCGUCACCAACUUGCAACAGCAAUCACGCGCUUCUUCGAACGCAUCGACAGCAACUCAAUGCCUCAACACCAAUGGGAGGAACUGAAACGUCUCCUAAAACAGUAA